GAUCUUUCCUUAUUAUUCGCUUUUAUCGCCUUUCGGCUUUGCCGCUCCCCACCACAACCCAGAAAACGACUCUCCAAGUCCAAGUCACUUCAUUCUUCAGUUCUUCACUUUCUUUCUUUCUUUCUCCCUGUGUGGCUAUCUACAGAUAUUUGAAAAGAUGAACAAGCAUGUGAUGUAUAAGCGGAUACUCUGAUCACCAGUCUGUGAGUGUACCUCCAAAAAUUUUCAAUCCCAAAAUGCUUUUGCUGCUUAAGUUCCAAAAGAGACCAAAGAAUGGUUCGUGAAACUGAUUUGGUCAUAAUUGGAGUCUCUGUUGGUUUGGCCCUUGGUGUUGCGAUAGCUUCUCUAGUAUUUUUUGGCAUAAGGUGGUAUAAGAAUCGUGCUCAUCUCCGACAGUGUGCAAAUGAGCGUAGUCUAGCAACCCUUCCUAUACGCAUAAAUGGCUUGGAGACUAGCAAUGACUUCAGUGCAUCACUUACAAAUUCCACAACCAUUCACCAAUCAGAACAACCUCCGAAAAGUUCACAAUUUUUUUGGUGGAAUCACCACAGUAAAGAUCAGUUUACGUCUACAUCAGGCAUACUUAGAUAUUCUUACAAGGAUAUUCAGAAAGCAACACAAAAUUUUACAACUAUAUUGGGACAAGGUUCAUUUGGUCCUGUUUAUAAAGCUGUGAUGCCUGGUGGAGUAGUUGCUGUAAAGGUUCUUGCUUCUAAUUCAAAACAAGGGGAGAAAGAGUUUCAAACAGAGGUAUCAUUAUUGGGAAGGCUGCAUCACCGGAAUCUUGUGAAUUUGUUAGGAUAUUGUGUCGAUAAAGGACAGCACAUGUUGAUCUACGAGUUCAUGAGUAAUGGGAGCUUGGCAAACCUUCUGUACAAUGAAGAAGAACUAGUUUUGGGCUGGGAAGAAAGGCUUCAAAUUGCUCUAGAUGUUUCACAUGGAAUAGAAUAUCUUCAUGAAGGGGCAGUCCCACCUGUUAUACAUCGUGAUUUGAAGUCGGCUAACAUAUUGUUGGACCAAUCAAUGAGAGCUAAGGUUGCUGAUUUUGGACUCUCAAAGGAAGAGGCCUAUGAUGGGCGAAACUCUGGUCUGAAAGGUACAUAUGGCUACAUAGAUCCGGUGUACAUAACCACAAACAAGUUCACCAUGAAGAGUGAUAUCUACAGUUUUGGCAUUAUCAUCUUUGAACUCAUUACAGCCAUCCAUCCACAUCAAAACCUAAUGGAAUAUAUUAAUCUUGCUGCUAUGAGCCCAGAUGGUGUAGAUGAAAUACUAGAUGAGAAACUGGCAGGAGAGUGCAACAUUGAAGAAGUGAGGGAACUAGCUGCCAUUGCUCACAAAUGCUUGCAAAAAUCACAAAGGAAGCGACCUUCAAUAGGAGAAGUUUCACAGGCUAUAUCAAAGAUAAAACAAAGGCCCCUUGUUAAGGAAGACACCAUGUCUUUUGCCAGUCAAGAUUUUUCAAGAGUUUUAAGCAGGAUAGAGGAUCAGCAUGUGGAGUUGAGUAAGAUGACCAGCAUUAAAGAGAGCAGUUAAAUGACCAGAAAAUUUUUUUUUUUUUUCUCUACUGCUGUCAAUUUUCUACCAACUAAUACUGACGAUAGAAUGUGAUAUGCAAAAAUAGGUAAAUGAAUCAAUGAGAUUUUUGUGUUACCUCAA